UACCCAGCUUGUUGGGGGCAAUUGGCUUACAGUUUGAUUGUAAAUACAAGUGGUAUAGAAAUGUAAAUGCUAUUGCUAUAAUAAUAAUAAUUCUUAUUUCUUCUGUUAAAUGUAACCAAGCUGUGCUUCAGUUUCCUGAGCAAAUUCUCCAGUCAAAGUACAGCCGUGAUGUCCUCUUAUGGAGAGGAAGAGCCGAAGGCUACACCCUGGACCUUGUGCCCCAAUUGUUUGUUUAACCUUCAGCUGGCUGCUCUUAAUGAGAACCAGCAUCCCGUUUCCACCAGCUGAUGUUUGGCUGCAUGUCCCUAAUGCGAUUUAAUGAGAUGUGGCAGUUGAGGAAAAAUGCAGUGUGAACUUUCCCCCGCCUCUGGAUGUGAUUUCAUUUGCAGUUGCUAUGGAGAAGAUCAGAGAGCAAUUUUCCAGGCUCCAAAUAGCAAAGCGGAGUGCUUUAACGGAAGACCCAACUUACUUAUUGGAUAUUGAUAUUUCAAAAGGAGAAGGAAGCCAUUUGGUGGCUGUUUCCUGUUCCAAUCAAUCGAUCAGAGUUUACAACAGAGAGACAUUAAGUUUGCUACGGGAAUAUAGUAACCAUCCAGGAUUGCUCAGUGGUGUCCGGUUUGCACAUGCAUGCAAAGAUGUCUUGUUUUCAGCCAGUAGUGAUGGAACAGUAAAAUGCUGGGAUACGCGUUCAGGUUCUUUAGAGCCUGUACAGUUGUUUUGUGGCUAUCCUUCCAAUGUCUUCAUCAGUUUUGAUAUAAGCUGUAAUGACCUCAUACUGUGUGCUGGCACAGAGAAAGUGGAAGAAGAUGCAUUCAUUGUAUUCUGGGAUGCCAGGGGCUGCACUAAUAGUGCCUCUUCCAGCAAAGCACCCUUGGGGGUCUAUUCAGAAUCCCACAAUGAUGAUAUUACUAAAAUAGGUUGUCAUCCCAGCAAACCAAACCUUGUGGUUUCAGGGUCAACCGAUGGAUUGGUGAACGUGUUCGAUAUAAACAAGGACAAUGAAGAGGAUGCAUUGAUUUCAACUUGCAACUCGGAUUCGUCAAUAAAUUUUAUUGGAUGGUCUGGAAAAGAUUACCAACAGAUUUACUGCAUGACCCAUGAUGAAGGGUUUUGUUGGUGGGACCUUACCCAGCUGGAUACUGAGGAGCCAAUUACAUUAUUGCGUAUUCCAGAUGCCAGGGAAGUCGUCAGCAUAAAAAAUAACAAACUGGAUUACUUAAUUGGUGGUCUGUAUCUUGAAAAGUCAGACAACUUGAUUGUGGUUGGAGGGAUGUUGUCAGGAAACAUCUGUCUCCUGGAAUCCUGUAUCAAAGGUCUAAAUCCUCUGGGGGUCAUUCAGGGUGGACACUCUGCUACUGUCCGCUCUUUCUACUGGAACAUGGCGGAUGAUUCUUUGUUGACUGGUGGAGAGGAUGCACAGUUGUUGCUGUGGAAACCAGGAGCUGUGGGAAAAGCAUUUGGAAAGAAGACUUCGAUGAAAAUCACUUCCUCUGUUCAUCAGCGAGUGAGAGUUCACCAAAAACACUUCAAAAGCAAGACAAAAUAAUCAUUAUAAAGAAGUGGGGCUGAGAGACAUCCAUUUCUAAGUGUUUCGAGAGCAGCCUUCCCCAAGUGGUUUGUAAUUCACAUUACAUUGACUGGGGAUGAUGGGAGUUGUGGAAUAACGGAGGAUGCCAACUUGGGGAAGGCUGCAACAGAAAUGACACAGUCUUUUACUGCCUUAUAGAUGCAGUGAAUUUAUUAUGGCAUACGUUUUUGUGGACUAGUGUCCAUUUGAUUGUUCUAUUUAGUCUCUGAAAUGCAGUGGGCAGCAGAUUUUUCCUGCUGUUUCCAUUUAUUUACCAUACAUGCUUAUGGAUGUGAAUUUGGAGAAGAAAAGGGUAGGGCACAUUUGGAUAUACAAAAGUCUAGGGGUGGAAAUUGACAAGGCAGAUGUGUGUACACAGCUGGAGUUACAGACUUUUUUGGUAAUUUCCAGGCAAGGUACAAUUAGAUUCUGGACAAGGUACAAAAUGUUAUUAUCUUUAAAGCCCUACAUGGUUUGGAUCUGGGUUAGCUACAGGAUUACCUCCUCCCAUAUAAUCUACCGUAUAUACUCAGAUCCUCUGGGGAACAUUGACUCCAGUCAGCCAGCACUAGGUUGGCAACUGUUAGCCAGAGGACCUUUUCUUCAGCUACCCCAAGAUUGUGGAAUGACCUGCCAGAAGAGAUUCAACAGCUGAAUACACUGUCUGAAUUGAAAACAUCUCUGAACACCAAUCUCUUUCAGCAGGCUUAUUACAAUUAAAAAGAUUACAAUCUAACACUCUAAAAAAGGGGAAGACUAAAAAUUAGCAACAAAAUAAUAUUCUUAGUAUUGCCCAAGGCUUUAUGGCCCACGCUGAGUUGGUCCGGGGCUGGAGGGGGGAUAAGAUGUUAAAAGGGCUCCCUCGCUCGUCCUACAUUCUCCUCCUGGCAUGUCUAUUCUCCUGGCAUGCGUAGGGAUGGGAAGCAAAUUGUGAUUGAUCUUGAGUUUGUUGAGCUCAGCAAGGCUUGAGUUGGGUGAGGGACAGAUGUCACUUGUUACCGCCUUAUAUGCUCCCCGGGGCAAAUGCUGAGGCACGGGGAGGAGCAAACAGUCCCCAGUCUUCAAGGAGCCCAGUCAUUUUAAAUGUGCAUCUUUCUAAUAUGUAACUGUGUUACUUGUCAUUUUAAACUGAGGUGUAUUUUAACUGAGGCCUUUCUUUUUAAUAAAGUAAUUUUAUUGUAGAAGAUCAAUCAAGACAAUAUUCAUGAAUUAAAUAAGAACAAACUUGGUGAUUCCACCAACAAACAACAGUACAACAACAACAACAAAAACUGUAGAAGCUGUGUUUCAAAGGCCAAAGAAAAAGUUAGAAGGAGAAAUUAGAGGUCUUUUAUUACUGUCUUAGAGUACGAUUCCUUUAUGAAACCUCUUGUAUAAUGUCUUUCCAGAAACCCAAGUGAUGAGCUGGUGGGUUGGGAUGUUUGGUGUUGUUGUUAACAUAGUCUAGGAAAGGGAACUAGGUCAUUUACAAAAUGUCUUGUUUUUUAGAACUUUUGAUUUUGCAACCAACCUUUCCACUAACAGUACAUCCCAUUCACAAUGC